CGCGAGUAAAGGUAUUCUAUAAUUUUAUUUUUUAUUCGUAUCAUCAGAUUGAUUGGGAUUUCCCUUUGAUUUGUGAUAGUUGUAUUUGAACAUGAGUCAGAGGAGAACAAUUAUGAAUCCAAAACAUAUGGGUCCUAUGAAAGUAUUUUUAAAUGCAGCUGUGAAACAAUUAGAAAUGUUGGAUCCGGAAGAGAAACAUUGGUACGUUGGAGGUAAUAGAAGUGUUGCAACAGCAGUAGAAUUGUUAAAGAAAGGAGAAAUUAUUGCUAUUCCAACUGAUACAAUUUAUGGAUUUGCUGGUAGCAUAGAAAAUGAUACAGCUAUAAAGAAGUUAUAUGAAAUUAAAAAAAGAGAUGAACAUAAGCCAUUGGCUAUUUGUAUUGAUAAUGUUAAUGAAAUUCAUAAAUGGGGAAUUGUAGAUGAAUUACCACCCAGAUUGUUAGAAAAUUUAUUGCCAGGACCAUAUACCAUUGUAUUGAAACGAACAGAAGCAUUGAAUCCAUCUCUAAAUCCUGAAAUCAAUAACGUUGGUAUCAGAGUACCUGAUUAUAAAUUUGUCAGAUCUGUUGCUAAAAUAAUUGGACCAUUGGCGCUUACCAGUGCUAAUGAAAGCAAUAAAUUAAGUAGCGUGCAUCCAGAAGAAUUUACCGAGUUAUGGCCAAAAUUAGGAGGAAUAUUUUACCACCAAGCGGAUUAUAAUAAAGGACUCAAUUUAUCAAAAAGAAAAGGCUCUACAGUAAUAGAUUUAUCGCAAGCUGGCCAUUACAAAAUAUUGCGAAAAGGUGUCAACUCAACACAUUGUAUUAAUUUGUUACAUUCUUAUGGAUUAAAAUCUUGUAAAGAUUAAUAAUAAGCAAUUAAAUUUUCAAAAAUUUACAUUCAUUUUUCAUCGUCCAACUGAUAAUUUUAAUUUAAUAUAUAAUUUGAAUUUAAUCUUUCAAUUUAUUUAACAAAUAACAGUCAUAUGCGUUUCCACAUGUAACGUUGUCUAUAAAUUUGAAGGAAUUUUGAAAAAAUUUUAACCGCGUUUCGUUUGUUUUCAUAAAAUUAUAUGUGCAAUUAUACGUACACAAUAAUAAAUAACAUUAUUUACAUACUUUUCUUUUUAACUACUAUGAUACACAUAAAAUAGGAGGAUAAAGUAUUUUAUGAUGACAUUUAUAAAAAAUUUCGUACCCCACAUUAUAAAAAAAUGUUACAUUACUUAUUAUACGAUAGAGAUGUGGCUCCUACAAAUUUACUAGAUACAAAUAUGUUACAGCUUUUUUCUUUUUUUUUUUUAUCAGCGUAAACUUUCUUUAUGUAUAUGUAUAUAAUUUAUAACAUCGCGUUCAUGCACAUGAACGACAUCGUUUUCAAGAAAAAUAUAAUAAAAUACUUUCGUGUCAAUAAAAUACCAAUAAAACGCUGUUUCAGUUCAGACGAAGUAAUUUUUUGUUGUAAGAAAAGAAAAGG